CCACCAGCACCGACGAGCUACCACCCCACCUUGCCGCGGACGUACCCAACACCGUCAACGUCGUCGCCUGCAACAGCCCGAUGACUGCGACGGUGUUGGGUACGUCCGCGGCAAGGUGGGGUGGCAGCUCGUCGGUGCUGGUGGAUGGAUGGGACUUCACCUCCCUCCCCAUGUCAGUGUCGUCGAGCCCACACUCGCCUGCCGCCGGCCCCCGACGCGCGCCAUGCCUGCAAGAUCUGGGCGGGUGCGAGGACUAGUGGCUGAGUGGCGCGCCGGAAUGGCAGCCCUGCUACGAUUUGUUCGCGGGAGACCUGAGCGCGACGGUGCUGCCGUCGUCGUCUGCUCAUCGCCCUCAUCGAUCGGUACGUCCUUCGCUUCUCGCUUUUGUACACUCACUGACAACGACCUUCUCGCCGGCCCUCACCGGAGUCUCAUGACCCGCCUCUUCUCCUCGACGUCGCCCUCGGCCACCGUUCCCGCCUAGCGUGGUUCCUUCGAACCUUCUCGCCGCCGCACUCGUGCCCUGCAUUUGUACUCGAGCUCGCUAUCGCCUUCAUAUAUCCUACUUACUCACGGUCUGCACAUGUAUAUCUCACACGUUGUCGUCAUGCUGCAUCAUUGCCACGAAAUUGAACGGUUUUCUCUCAACUUAUCAGCCCCCACGCGUGC